AGAUUCUUUGAGGCGGCAAUAUCUGGUUCGGGAGGCUACUAUCAGGUAGAGCGAAUGCUUGGCAGCUCAAUGGCGGGCGGCCAAGGUUGAUCCACCCACUAUGAAAGCCCAGAGCGCUCCCGUUCUACAACGUCAUCGCCCACGAAGCGCGUCACUGCUUGUAAAACAUUCUUCGCCGGCAAUGCUCACCAACGCCGAGCAACCCACCAACGGCACCACAAUCGUUCGCUCACGAUGCGGCUUUGAAGAGAUAUAACGUGUCGAGCUCACUUUGCUCUUUCGUCAUCAUCUAGGGACCACUGCAAUACAGCGAAUUCCUGACUCCUCAGCAACCUGGCACGGUCCUGCUUUCCCACGCACCACGCAGCCAAACCUCAACGUUGACUCCCACCGCCGUCAUGGCAACCCUCGCGACCGCCGCACGCCUAUCAUGGCGACAGCAAGCACACGCGUAUUCAACCACCACAGCAACCUCCCAAGCAACGGGUCCGGGCCAAUUCCUUCUACCGGCCCGCUCCUCCCAAGCAGUCCGCAGCUCCUUCUGGCGCCCCCGACGACCGCUCCCACAGCGUGGUCGGUACAACUCGUCACAAACAACACCACCACCACGCCCCGAACCACCGGCCCGGUCACCACCAGCCUCAUCCACCACAAACCCCGCACCCUCAACCUCCUCCUCUUCCUUCAGCAAUGCCGCAACUGCACAGGCAGCUAAGGAAGCCCGGCGCCGCGCGACCGCAGAGCGGAUAGCCAACAGCUCUCUGCGGUUCAUGCCCUCGUUUAUCGGACGGCGGCUGCGCGGGCCGCUCGAGAACAUGAUCAAAUCGCCCGGGUCGCAUGUUGUCUCCUUCCUCAUUAUCCAUGAGAUCACCGCCAUCCUCCCGCUCUUCGGCUUCAUGAGCCUGUUCGUGUACAUGGACUGGGUCCCCACGGCGUGGGUCGCGGGCCCCUGGGCGGCAUGGGCGCUCGAGGGAGUGCGCAAGUACGCUGGCUACUUCCGCAAGAAGGGCUGGUUCGGGAUGGGCGGCGCGGAGGGCGUCGAGGGCGGGCGGAAGUUAGAGGGGGAGCUGGAGGAGGAGGUUCAGCACCAGCAUCAGCACCAGCCCGCCGCGCAUGCAAGACAGCAGCAGGAGCAGCAGGAGCAGCAGAAGGAGAAGGCAGGCUGGUUCGGCUUUUCGUCUAAAAACAAAGCUGGCGGCGCCAGGGAGGGAGACGGCAAAAGCGCCAGUGCUGUCGAGGCUCACGAGGAGGCCAAGACCAAGGACCAGAGCACGGCCGGCAAGGUCGCCACGACGACUUGGCAUGCUGUAAAGAAGGUGGUCACUUUUGACAACAUCGACACGGGGUACAAGACGUCGAUUCAGUUUGCUGCCGCGUAUGCUAUCACUAAGAUGCUGCUGCCCGCGAGGCUGGCACUGAGCGUCUGGCUGACGCCCUCAGGCGCUAGGGUCUUUUCGAGAAUGUGGCGGUUUGUACGGGGUGGACCGACUGCUGCUAAGUAGAAACUAAGUGAUCAUACGCCGCUCAUAGAACCCCAGAUAAACUAGAAAAAUGCAAAAGAACGAACAUUGACGCUCGAGAGGGAAGAACAACAAAGAUAUUUGCCACUUCGGGAGAGAAUCAAGGCGGAAUAUGCAACGAUCA